CUGAGGAGAUUAAUCCGCAGCAAACCUCCUUUGCUCGGUCGCGUAGUCGAGAUCGCGUCAUUCCCUUUGACGUUUGCUUAGAAAACCUGGAUUUGAGUUCGGAAGAUAAUUGUGUUUGGAUUCUGUUGCUGGUCAGGAAUGUGUACAAUCUGUAGAAAGUGAUACAUUGUGUUUCUUCAAUGCGGAACACAAGUCUGUUUUAACGAAGAGAGCCACCUGUUCCGUUCACCUUCAUAUUGUUAUAAGGAUAUCCAGUUUUAAUACCAAUCGACCGGAGGCCAGUCUUGUAGAAGAGUAGUUGUAAGGAAACAGUAUCACCACGUCCUGGGGGCGGUGUCGGGUACUGCUGCUGCCACUGCCGCCGCUCGUCAGUUCUACCCAUCAAUAAGUGAUACAGACAACAUUCUCGCCGCAGUCAACUGAUAUGAGCAUAUCCUACGGAAGCGAGUAACGGUACAUUCUGAGAUGGAGUUGCCAUGGUUCCUCCUCUUCAUGACCCUAACCUUUACAGCUGUUGAUGCAGAAUGUGGUUUAGGCUCUUCUCUCAGCGUUACACUAGACGAAGGAGCCAGUAUGGGUGAUGCUGUUUAUAACUUCACUGUCACUGAAGAUAUCUGGCUGGCAUCGGAACCUAACGGAGGGUACUUCAGCAUUUCAAACAACACGCUUUAUGCAGAGAAGGACUUGGACAUGAGCAAGGAUGAGUAUCUCUGCAACAACCGGGUUAUAUCUCUGUCUGUAGAAUGUGAAAGCAUCGCAACUUCGCCAGUGACAUUCAUCGUCAACAUGAACCCAAUUGAUAGACAUCCUCCCCAGUUUCCAUAUCCAGAAUUCAAUCACACUAUACCUGAAACAACUGGAAUUGGGACGGAAGUAUUUGAUUUCAGUAGGAGUGACGAAACCAGUGCUGUAGACAAGGACUGUGCACAUGCGACUCUGUACUAUUUAAUGAGUUCAAACCCUUAUCUACACUUUGGGGAUGUUAUAAAAGGAACGGUGUUUACAAUAACCACUUUUGAUUACGAGAGCGGACAAAACAGCCACUCAGUGAUCGUUAAUGCGACCUCUGGCGGGAUUAUGGGAACUGCAAAAUUCACGCUCAACAUUAGCGACGUUGACGACGAGGAUCCUAUUUUCACAAACGAUACGUUCAUCCUUGAAGUAGAGGAAGAGAAAAACGAUACCCGACCGAGGACUUCGACCCCACCUGUCCAUGCCUUCGACCAGGAUCUCGGUAUCAAUACACCUCUUGCAUACAGGAUCCGCAUGUCUUCUCCGCCAUUGGAUCAUCUGACCAUCAACAAUGACACCGGGCUACUGUCGCUCGGUCAGAAGCUGGACAGAGAGACACAUCCAACAUACACAGUGAUACUGGAAGCAGGUCAACUUGAUAAUAAACGACGUACUGCCACAGCAACUCUGUCGAUUCUGGUUCAAGAUAUAAAUGACAACCGCCCUUCAUUUGACCCGACAACUUACACAGCAUCUAUCCAGGAGCAUUCAGUUGACGGUACCAAUAUCAUCAGCGUCACUGCCAGGGAUGGUGAUAAGGACCCAAAUAACUUGUUCAACUACACCCUGGUUCCUGAGAGCGACGUGUUUAACAUUGACCCCCAGACCGGCUACCUUCAGGUCCGGAACUCCACCCUCCUCGACAGGGAGACUCACAGCACCUUUACUGUCACCGUUAACGCCACUGAGCUGAUUGCUCCAGCAUCCGGGAGUCCAAGUUGCAUGGCGGACUGCACAGCCACAGUGCACAUCACUCUGCUGGACAUCAAUGACCACAGUCCAGUGUUUGUCGGGGCACCCUACAGUUUCUCGUCGAAUAAUGAAGCCGCUGAACAAAUUGGAACUGUUACCGCUACUGACGAAGACAUCGGUGAUAACGGCCGUGUCACGUACUCCAUCCAACAUAGCGACUUUUCCGUUAACGAAACAACGGGUAGUAUCACUCAAGUCAACCCAGUAGCCAAUCAGCGCGAGGAGGUGUUCCUGGUACAAGCAUGUGAUAAUGGACAAUCCAGUCGCUGCAGCAGCGAGCUGAUAACCGUGACGUUCCCCGACCAAAACGUCACCUCCUCCAAGAGGACUGUUAACGUUACAGAAAACGUCGCCGCUGGUACAAUAGUCUACACCAUACCGAUCGCGUACAGCGGGUAUCGCCUACAACUCACCACUCACAUGAACACCUUCAAGAUCGUCGAACAAGACCAUGUCCAGCAAGUAGUGACCGCCGCCGACAUCGACCGCGAGAACACCACCAGCUACACCCUCGUCAUCGACGUCAUGACAGGAACUACGAUUGAAGCCAAUAUCACCCUCCACGUCGUCGUCCUUGACGUGAACGACAACGCCCCAAUCUUCAACAUGUCAGACUACAGUUUCAGCGUCUCCGUCGACGCUAAAAUUGGAGACGUAUUGGGCGUGGUUAGAGCGUACGACCUUGAUGAAGGCAUCAAUGGAGUAGUAACCUUCGGCAUCCAGGGCACAGAAUCUUCCAUGCAGUUUGACAUCGAGGGAAACACGGGGACAAUAACGUUCAAAAUUGUGCCAGAAUCGCCAACUGAGGUGCUGGUUGUCGCAACGGACGGUGGGGUUUUCCCUCUGAAGACUACAACUGCUGUCGAGGUUGUUAUUGCUGGUGCACAGAAUGCAUACGCCAUGUUCCACGCACCGGCGGAGAAGGGGGACAUUGAGAAAGAUAAAGACUCGCUUGCGGGGCAAAUAUCUGCCAUUCUGAACAUCAGCAUCGAUAUUGGCAACAUCCAGAGCGCGGAUGUAGACAACGGAGCAAGCUCCUAUUUCCGACUGACUGCUAAAGAGGCGACAGUCCAUCGAGAUGACCUGACAGCGAAGGUGAACAGCAACUACGACAGAGUACUGGCUCUGUUCUCCCCCUACCAGAACAAGUCUGAAGAGGUCUUCACGACUCCCUUCAUCGCUCUCCUCGCCGCCGCUAUUGUCGUCGCCGUCAUCUCUGUCAUCGUUAUCAUCGUUAUUGUUCAUAUAAACCGAAAACGUCAUCGACACCAUGAGCGUCUAGUGAGGAACCUGUCCAAACAAGGCACCAUCUACGAGACCCAGGCAGUGGAAGAAGAAACCGUCGGGGAUAGGCAGUCUGUCCAUAGUCAGACUGGUUCCACUCAGGAGCUGCUGGGGGCGGCACAACAACCCAACGGCGACGCUGUCCCAGUCGUCAACGAAGGCUUUGUCGAGGAUGAUAACAACAAUGACAACAGGGCUGGAGACGAGAAUCAGGAUACGGUAACUCAGUACACCCACAUCGAGGAGGAAGCAGAGAGGCGUGAGAUAACGGAGGGUGUCAUUGUUGACCUCAGUUCAGAGGAAACCCCGGAACCAGAACAUGUGGAAACUCAGAGUCAUCCAAACCCUGACUAUGGGGAUGGGGAAGAAGAGAUAGCAAAUCCAGACUAUGCAGUAGUGGUUAAAGAGAAAGAACCAGAAACUCAAACUGCCCUUAUGUCAAUUGAAGAUGAAGAUGUUGACCAAGAUGAUGAGAAGGACGAGACGGUACCAUCCCAUGAGGCGGAUCCCAUUCUUGAACCACUCCAGGAACCUAACAUUCCACCACCACGGGACAUACAUGAUGAAGAUCCUCGGGACGUAGAGGAUGAAGCUCCUGCGGACGUAUACGAGAAUGAGGCUGUGGAAGAUGAUGAAGAUAGCAGUGACGGAUUUCCCCCUCCUCCACCGACCCCUCCUCGGGUGAGGAAAUCUGAUCCUGAAGAUGAAGAACCGUACGAGGCAGAAGAUGAACCCGAACCAGACUACGCGAAGAAAGUGAGAUUCAGCGAAGUCCGAGUUCAAGUCAUCCCUGACCCAAAGGACGAGGACGCUGUGGAAUCUGACGUAGUUGGUGGAGGGACAGAGGGGGCGGAGACGGACGAGGAAGACCACACAACGAAAAGUGACCGCCCAUUCGAGGAGAUACAAAACCCAGCUGAAGACAUUGAUGAAGAUGACGGCACAUUUAUAAUGACUUCCUUGUGAAGACAACGGUGGUUGCCGGAAAUAUCUAUAAAACUGAUUCCGUAUGUAACCUGUUGCAGUGAUUGUUGUUACCUUAGAGAUGGUAACAGGAGUACCUUCUGAGGUAUGACUUUGCGUCUGUUUGCAAUGAACUAUACUAUUUUACAUUAAGUAAUCAUUUCAUUAUGACGGUAUUUUGUGAAUAUCUCCAUAUACACUAAAGUUGUUAUACAUGAGUAUACACGUAUACCAUACAGAGUAUUGGAGAAUCAGUAUUGCAUUGCAGUAUAGUCUUUACCACUGUUGCAGACAUAACAGUUAAAGACACGCGUCUUUAUAUUGAUGUCAUGUCUGAUAGACUGUCUGGUCAACACAAUGAACAAAGACUGCCAGAAUGACAUUCACCAGUCAUCAACAAGAUCACCUCAUCCCUAACUACACAUCAUGCCAAAUAUAUGUGUUGCCAAACCAGAUGCUUCCACUGUACCCUAGUUAUAAGCUUACAGUUAUGCCAGAACUGCUGAUGCUAUGUAUCUUGGCAUGUAUACUGUACUAUCCCAUCGUGAUUCUGGUCAGAUUCUGGACGCAUUUCACAGUCAUAACCAUUGUAGGUAAGGAAAUGAUAAUACACACAUAAAUACACGAAGCGGGCCAUAGGAGAAAAGCGCUUUCUUUUACAUCUGAAAAGACGAAGCUUCAGUCGCCGAACUGUGGCAGGUAAGAUGGGCUUAGGUUUGCACCACACCCAUGUCAACCAGAUAGGAGUUUUACAUUAAAUUGUCAUGUAUAUUAACAUAGGGCGGUUGACCUCAUGUUCAGUUCUAUCGUACAAUGUCUACGUGAGUAUAUAUGCGGUAGCUUGGCCCGAUAACCUGGUGGGUCAUUGCUGUCAUUUUUCAGUCGGAUCACUGUCCAUUAGACCAGCGUACAGUCAAACACCGUACAGUGUACGUUAAACAUCGUACAGUGUAAGUCAAACACCGUACAGUGUAAGUCAAACAUCGUACAGUGUAAGUCAAACACCGUACAGUGUAAGUCAAACAUCGUACAGAGUACAGUCAAACACGGUUGUGUCGAACUUCUAAUAGCUCGAGCUGUGGGUCCCUUAACCUUCGACAGAACGAUGGUUGACUGGAUACUACAAUUACCCUCGAAGUCCAAAACGAGAUUCUCAUAGCUUUCCUAUAUCUGCCCAAUCGUUUUUCAAAAUACAAAAUGUUUUACACGU